AUGGCGUCUCUGCGGGCAUCUUGGAGUCUCCGGGCAGCAGCUCUGGCAGUGGUGUUGAUGAUGCUGACAUUCCUUGGGGCCGGGGGCCGGGAGACUCCAGAGCAUUUCCUGCUCCAGGCCAAAUGUGAGUGUUACUUCCACAACAAAACGGAGCAGGUGCGCUUCGUGGAGAGACACAUCUAUAACAGGCAGGAGAUCAUAAGUUUCGACAGCAUCUGGGGCUUUUACGUGGCGGUGACCGUGGGCCGCCCAGAAGCCGAAUCUUGGAACAGCCAGCAGGCCUUCCUGGUUGACAGAUGGGCCUCGGUGGACACGUACUGCAGGCACAACUAUGGUGCGAUUGAUGGCUUCUCGGUCCAGGGCAGAGUCCAUCCCACAAUGAAGGUCUCCCAGGCAAACACAAAACCCCUGGAACAACACCAGACGCUCACCUGCUCCGUGACGGGGUUCUACCCGGGAGACAUCCAAGUCCAGUGGUUGCGGAAUGGACAGGAGCAGAAGGACGGCGUGGUGCACACGGACCUGAUGCGUCAUGGAGACUGGACCUUCCAGGUCCUGGUGAUGCUGGAAAUGACCCCCAGGAGCGGAGACGUCUACGUCUGCCACGUGGAGCAUGGCAGCCUGCAGGACCCCAUCACCGUGGAGUGGAGGCCCCAGUCUGAAUCUGCCCGGAGCAAGAUGCUGAGCAGAGUCGGGGGUUUGAUGCUGGGGUUCAUCUUCCUCGCCGUGGGACUCACCGUCCACUUCAAGAGUCAGAAAGGACACCCUGGCCCUCAGCCUGCAGAGAAGCUGAUCCUGUACCUCUCCCUGCCCCUCGGAGGUGCCCUGUGCCUGAUUCAACUCCUCCAAUGCUCUACAAACCUCUAG